UAUGAGAGACGACCCAUGAAAGUAACAGUGUGUCUUCCGUCCACCUUCGUUGGGCUUGUGGCGCGAUUGCCAGAUAGACUGAGCCAGUCGUAUACUUAUUGUCCUGGAGAACGGUGCUCGUGCCUCGUCCCGCAGGUACUAAUAGCGCCGCGUCGUCCUUCAGUGUCGUACAGAUACAAGGUCGCGAGUGCAGCAACAAUCGCAUUUUGCCGCUGUGGCUCCGUGCAUCUUAAGCGGAUGUAUCUGAUGCGCGAUGUGUACAAGCUGAGGAUCCCCUGACUGAAAAUCUUGACUAAGUCAUUGGGAGAUUAGACCAAGCGAUAAACAUGGACUGGGAGGUGCGAGCGGCAUCGCUGAUUCUCUGCUUGGGAAUUCUGCUCGCGACAAUACAUGAUGGAAUUGCCGAACGCAGAAUUGUUUGUUAUUAUACAAACUGGUCAGUGUAUCGGCCCGGCACAGCGAAAUUCUCCCCUCAAAACAUAAAUCCCUAUCUUUGCACUCACUUAAUCUACGCAUUCGGAGGUUUCACAAAAGAAAACGCACUGAAACCGUUCGACAAGUAUCAAGACAUCGAGAAAGGCGGAUACGCGAAGUUUACGGGUUUGAAGACCUAUAAUAAGAACUUGAAGACGAUGCUGGCGAUCGGCGGUUGGAAUGAGGGCUCCAGCAGAUUUUCACCGAUGGUAGCUGAUCCUGCGAGACGGCGAGAGUUUAUCAAGAACUCUGUUAAGUUCCUUAGACAGAAUCAUUUCGACGGACUCGAUCUUGACUGGGAAUAUCCAGCGUUUAGAGAUGGCGGAAAACCGCGAGAUAAGGACAAUUACGCCGACUUGGUGCAGGAACUUCGUAAGGAGUUUGAGAGAGAAUCUUCGAAGACCGGAAGAUCGAGAUUGUUGCUAUCGAUGGCGAUGCCCGCCGGUGUCGAAUAUAUCGACAAAGGUUACGAUGUACCCAGACUAAAUGAAUACUUGGACUUUAUUAAUUUACUCUCUUACGACUAUCACUCGGCGUACGAGCCCGCUGUCAAUCAUCAUUCGCCGUUGUAUCCCCUGGAGGAGGACAACGAAUACAAUUACGACGCGGAAUUGACUAUUGAUUAUACAAUAACUCAUCUCUUGGAGAAAGGUGCGUCCGCAGAUAAGGUCGUUCUUGGAAUACCAACAUAUGGUCGGUCGUAUACGUUGUUUAAUCAAGAUGCAACCGAACUCGGGUCGCCAGCGGAUGGUCCUGGUACCGAAGGAGAGGCCACUCGAGAGAAAGGCUAUCUUGCUUAUUAUGAGAUUUGCGAGAGUAUAGCAGAUUCUGACGAAUGGGAAGUUGUUCAACCAAAUCCAAAAGCCAUGGGACCAUACGCCUUCAAAGGCAAUCAGUGGGUAGGGUAUGACGACGAGGACAUAGUCAAAUUGAAAGCUCAUUAUGUGAAUGAGAAGAAAUUGGGAGGCAUUAUGUUCUGGUCCAUAGACAAUGAUGAUUUUCGUGGCAAAUGCCACGGUCGACCUUAUCCAUUGAUUGAGGCUGCCAAAGAAGCGUUGCUUACGGAUAAUAGCAGGAAUACAAUCGACAAGACGAAGUCAGUAGAUAGUCGGAAAAAGACCCGCACUCAAAAUACGCAAAGCAGCACUCGUAAGUCAAAUAUAAGCAACCGAAGAAGUAGCACUACAUCUGCUCCGAUUAUCAGCAAACGUGUAUCCUCUUCAAGACCAAAAUACCGUACCAUUUCGCAAGCAAGCAAGGAGGAACAGGAAGAUCGGGAAGUAUCUAGGAGAUCAUAUGAUCCAUCAUCAGAUGAAGAUACAGAGGGUAGAAACACUGUAAGAGUCACAGAGAAAAUCGAGCGACCGAAGAGUCAAAACAGGAGUAAAACGCAAAGCAGUGCUGCCGAUCGUAUCACCCGUAGAAAGCAUUCCAGACGUAAGGGACAAAACAAGACUGAGAAUGAGGAAUCCAUAAGCAACAAGCUAACGACUCCCGAACCACCAACUACACCCGAUCCAGGAACCGAUUUUAAAUGUGAAGAUGAAGGCUUCUUCCCGCAUCCUCGUGAUUGCAAGAAAUAUUUCUGGUGUCUUGAUAGUGGUCCCGGUGGACUUGGCGUAGUUGCGCAUCAAUUCACCUGUCCAUCAGGAUUGGUAUUCAACAAAGGGGCGGAUUCUUGUGAUUAUCCGCGUAACGUAAUUUGUCCCAAGACGUCGAAAACAUCAAUAGUCUCUACCACUAGAUCGCCCAUUACGGCCGCGACAAGUCGAACAACUUACUUGCACAGCACAACAACCGCAAAAGUGGAAUCGGAAGAGUACGAUUCGGAAGAGGAUGACAAUUUAGAAGAGGAUGACGAGAUCGAGGAAGACGAAGAAGUAGAAGAAGAGGAGCAGGAGGAGAAGAGAAAGGAAGAACCGAUGACUACCACAACAACGAGACCACUCGUGUAUAAAACACUCACCAGAAAUAGACCAAGUACGACUACUACUACGACGACCACUUCGAAACCAAGUGAACCAGAAAGAGUUGACAGCGAAGACGAGGAAGAUCCAAGGGUUAUCAAAGAACUCAUCGAUCUUAUCAAAAAAGCUGGCGGAAUAGAAGAGUUGGAAAAGCAAUUGCUAUUUCAAGAAAAGAAUUCGGAUACCAAAUCAGGCAGCGAAAGUGUCACACCGGCUACGAUUAGUCGUAGUUUAUAUGAACGUGUAUUGAAUCGCCAAACGAACAGAAUUGGUAAUCAUCGACCUGUGUUAUCGUCUUCGGAAACCAGUUAUGUGAACGGGCCAGGAAGAGCACAAUUCGAAGGUUUGGAUGAUAUUCCUGAAGUGAAGAGUCUCAGACGAUCACAGAAACCUCAAUAUGUCACCAUCGAAAGAUCCAAAUCAAUCACGAAAGAAUCUUUAUCCGAGAACGAAGACAUCAAUGAGGACGAGGAAGACAACACUGAUGUAGCAUCCUCUGAGGGAAAAAGCAUCAGUAAUCCGUUGGAAGAUAGCUUAUUCACUCAACGAGUAACGCCAAGUUACGUAAAUAUUCGACGAACGCGACCUUCCAUCACGACGUCUAAAAUCGAGAAUGACGUGGAAGGGAAGGAAAUUGAAAUCGAGGAGGAAAAACCGACUCGCAGACGACGACCGAUCGUUUCUUUAAAACAACAUGAUAAUGAAGCAAGCUCUGAAACGUCUAAAUCUUUUCGAAAUCGUGAUUCAGGUUUCAGAAAAUCAGAGAAAAGGGAAGAUAAAAGCACGAAUCAAUCAGCAGACAAAGACAAUGAUUCAUCAACAACCAAAACUAGGUACUCCAACAUACAAAGAUUCAGAAGUACCACUUUGAAAACUUCGGAAGGUUUGUCUAGCAUAAUACCUUUAUCGAAGAUUAGCGAGACGACUUCACCGACGAAAUUAGAAGAGUAUCCAGAAGUAUUCAGGAAAACAGUUAGUACGACCGCUUCGUUGUCUACGACGCCUGCAACGACUACUUCGACUUCCACCGAGGUUAUCACCACAAUUAGUGUCGAACCGCCAGAAAAUCCAUCUAAUGUUAGCUCUAGAGCAGACAUCGACUCCACUACUGACUCGAUGAAACUGGUGGAAGAUUCGGCGACGGAGAUCUUAUUUACAACGUUGCCGGCAAUUAGCAGUAGUUCAAGCCAGUCGACGACGACAACAACAACGACGUUAGCAAGCAGAUCGACGAUCGCCGCGGUGUCGCAACCGCGACCGUUCGGUUUUACCAGACGAAGAUCCGGUUCAUUAGAAGCAACAACGACGGCUACGACCCCAUUGAGCAGGUCCAAGGUGAGUAUUACGCCGCGACAUCAUACGCGUCCGUCCAAUCCGGUUCUGGGGCGAGUUCGAUUAAGGACGAAACCAGUCAAACGAGUUACCGAGGAGGAGUUAGUGGAUCAAGUGGACAUUCCGCAUGCGGAGACUUCCACAUCCAGGAGCAAGGACCUUAGUAGAUCAUAUGGCAGAGGAUCCAGCAGGUAUACUCCACCAACGUCAAGAUCAAAGACGCAAGACGUUUCCGCGAACUUCGUCCCAAGCCUCAGAUACAGAGAAAGAGGCAGAACAACAGCUUCAACUACCGUUGGUACAGUUACCAUUGAUGAUGUUAAGAGAAGAUAUCGAAGACCUAGCAGAGUCAAUAACCCAGAAUCUAUUACAGUUAAUGAAUUGGAUGAUAGCCCGAUAGUAAGAAUAACACAAGGUGGUUCUAGAAAAAAUCCGUUAUAUCAAUCGCGAUCUGACGAGGAGAAUAAUAAAAUAACGAAUAUUAGGAUAUUUAGAAAGCCGACUGUUAAUCGUGAAUUAUAUGACAGAACGAAGUACACGAGAAAGAGAAACAACGUGGAAGAGUCGUUGCAAAAAGUAAAUAAUGACUUGAACCAAAAACACAUAGCAUCGAUGACACUAAAAGCUUUCAAAACAGGUACUUCUGCGGAAACUGACAGGAUUGAGGGAAACGAUUUGUUGAACGGUGUUGAUCAAUCAACCGCAAAAAUUGAUUCCGUCGUUGAAUCCAACACUAUCCAGCCGAUCUACGAUUUGAAACCAAUCACGCAAAUUGAUGGAACAACUAUAUCUAGCAAUAAAGUAAAUGCGAGUAACCAAUCGAAAGAUACUGUUGCCACAACGACCACUCGCAUCGAAAUUCAUGAAUUCAAUCCUGAUUUGGUAACGAUCGUUUCUACCGAACGCGUCUUUGAUGUUGCAGAAAAAACAUCGGGAACGCCAAGAAAACGAAAGAUUUUCCUAAGAAAGAGACCGAUAUCAUCGAGCACAGUUGUUAAUAUUAUUGAAACAGAAGAAGAGGAAACAUCUCAAGGGCCUCGUAGACGAAAAGUGAUAAAACGUAAACGUCCGCUUCAAAAUACUUCAACAUCGAUGGAAGUUUCCCUCGAAGAAGAAGAAGAUUCGAGUCUUCUUUUAAAAUCGACGACUCCAAUGGGAAGCGAUGAAGAUGUUGAAAAAUCGACAGUUUCUAUUAAUCAGACAGAGGUUACUCUAAUAAGCCAAAAUACUGAAGAAUCGACGAUUGUUACUGGUUUAACCGGACUUACGAGAGAAAUAGAAGAUUCGACUUCGACUGUCACGGAAACCACCUUGUCCACCGAUUACAACUCUGAUGGUUUCAUGAAGGUUACUUUGGAGACUCCUGCGAUUGAAACCACGACGAUAUCAGGCGAAGAUAUUCUCAGUACUGCUACCAUACCAACGAUUAACACAGAUGCUGACGAGAUUCAGCGGUCAACGAUUGAAAUGGAUACCGAAGUUACAAUUGAAUCAACAUUGGCGACAGCCACUACUUAUAACACUGAAAGCAUGUUUUUAGAAGAUACGUUAAUACCGUCUACUGAAGCUGAGAAUUUAUCCACUACUCGCGUGCAAACCACGUUGUCCACAUCGGAUUCAGAUUCAGCUACCACUCGUACACAAGUAACUACUACACCAUUUACGACGGAAUCAGAUUCGUUUUCAGCUGCAAGAUCGAGUUCCGAUUCGAGAUACGCGCGUAAGAAGUUCAUUCGCAAGAAUCCUGUAUCAUCUUCAGGGAACACCAACAACCAAUACAUUCCUGCGCUGUCAUCAACGGAAAACAGCAGCCUUGAGAUUCUCUCAAAACGCAAAAACUACUUAUUUAUUGGACGUUAUCCAGUUUCUUCUAGCACCGUUAAUAUACUUUACGAUGAUCUUAAAUAUAAGGAGGAGAAAGAAGGAGAAGAAAAAGAGAAUACAAGCAGAUCUCGUGACUUGGCUAGACAGGACAUUGUAAACUCAGGUACGACUCUGAGAAACAAAUCGAUUUUGACAAAUGGUUUUUCGGAUGACACCGCGGAAUUCUGGAAACAUUAUACCACGACUUCAUUAAGAGGUCAAAUAAAUUAUCCUUCAGCUUAUAUUGAAGAUGUUGAAGACCGUAAAGUCGCGAGAACAGAGUUUAUAGAAAAUAAUACGUAUCGAUUAACACCGAUUGUUACUCGCGGACCCGAGAUUCGGCCACGAUACAAGGUUCCAAUAAUAUUGAAGAGGCCAUUCGAUCCCGAAGAAGCUUUAUCGCCGAGGCGAUAUCCUCCGAUAGAUUCUGCACCUGAAGAAUCCGAGGAGACACCAGAGACAAGGGAUGCUAGGCUGAGACAAUCCGGCUUCCGGCAGCCGCGAAUGCGUUAUAAGCUUCUAAAUCGGAACAAUGUUAAAAUCGAGGAAAAAACUACGCAGCCGAGUCCAGAAUCUACGAGCACUUGGCAAUACUUCAGAACACGUUCGUACCCAAAACGUACGUCGACCAGUACGGAAGCGGCAGUCACGGAGACUCUGAUACCGAUGAAAAAAUUUGAUUACGUUGCGGAUGCUUUCCAUCGGAAACAGCAAUCACUGAGAACAACGACGCUAAGGAGCAACGAUUUUUUUGACUCGCAAAAUUUAAUUGAUCCAUAUUAUACGCGUACCACAGUAAAACCAUCAGUAACUAGAUUGGUGACCUCGGUAACAGAGUCCGGCACCACGGAGCGGCAGAAGAUCCUCAUCAAGACCAAGUAUUCGUCACUGACAUCGACCACGAGGAUACCAGCGGAUCAAUUCCCUCCAACGACUCCGUUGUCAACUUUGAUGACUGGAGUCAACGAUGACUCUGCUAACGAAGUUCGUCAUGGUGUCGAACGAUCCACCUUGCCCAUCGAGGGCGAGUUCAAUUAUCGUCAUAAUGAUCGAUUCACUACAGAAUCUUACGAGUCUUCGACUAUCGAGAUCGAGUCAGUCGCCGAUUCGGAAGCUAUUAGGCUGCCGACUCUGAAGGAGCUGAUUGGCUAUCCGACGACUUACUACGACGAUCGUACUGCUACGACGUCGUCAUCCGUACUCUUGCACUUGUUGCGUAACGAUGUGGACAACGAUAUUAGCCGGCAGAACGUCGAGGAGUUGUUGAGAGGAACAGACGAGUCUCAAGACGGUGAAAAAAAGAUCGCCCAAUCACCGAGAGACAUAAUUGAAGAAACCGGCGAUUUGUGGCUGCAGCAAGCCUCAGAAAACAGAGCGAGAUCUCGCACUUUAAGAAAGGAUGACGUUACAAACUUUGAUGAACGAGUUUCAGUCACGAACACUAUUCAAGAAGACGAGACUAAACGAAAGACGUCUACCAAUUCGAUCUAUUUGAAACCAACGACAAUGCGCGGCAUUUCUCUCGUUAGUUUGAUUUCCAGUCCGGUAAUGCGUGGGUUUUACAUCACCAGGAGCGAAAAUGUAUCAUCGAUAUUGAUGGAUAGUUCUACGCCACUUUACACAACGACUGAUAUUCCCGUUGAACAGCAGACGGAAACCAUUUUAAUUUCCGACGUUUCUAUGACUGAUGGGACUGUUACUGUUGCUUAUAAUGAUCAGAUUGAAUCGGGACCUAAUAUUCUCGACGACAAUGUAAAUAUCAGUAACGACAAAGGUAUUGGUUUUCGCGAAGAGAAAUAUUCCGUACCCAAUUCUUCAAUGACUUUCUCGAACGCUGAGAUUUCAAAUCAUAAAAAAUCUGACUUAAUUACAAUUCUUGUCGAUGGACCAACGCCCAAGAGAGGAAAAUUGUUGCGUAAUUUUGAUCAUAUGACGCCACUUUUUAACUCUUACGUCGCAUCUUCGACAACGCCGACAAGACGAAAAAUCGCUAUCGCUGUAAAUAGAUACAACGAAGCCAUCACGCCGUUGUGGACGGGCAGACGUAUAGUGGCAAAGAAAAGAAAUAGGACUACUGUUUCACCAAUCAAGGACGCUAUAAGACGAACGGAGAGCGAUUCUAUUUAUGCCUUGACGAAUACUUUAAGAAGCGUUUCUCUAACUACUGAGGCUUCGACUUUGGCAUCAAGAAAUAAACUUCCUACGGCUUCGACCAUAUCGACAACUUCUCUAACGGAGUUCGAUGAUUUCACGGCAUCUCCUGAAAUUUUAAGCGUUUACAAUAAUCUUGCGAAUUCUAAUGCCAAAAUUGAAGACUCGAAAAGCAAUGUAACUGAGACAAUGACUUUAACAAAUUCAAUAAUCGCAACGACUCCUUCGAUUUUCAAAACUAUUCCAACAAAUGCCACAACUGCUGAUAUUUCAACGUUUUCAGAUGAUUCUACAAUUAUGAAUGUUCCUGUAGUCAACGCGUCUGUUACAUCAUCGACGAUAGCAGUUUCAAAAGCAUCCACAGUUGCGGCUGAACUUACCAUAAUCUAUACACCCACAACUAUAAGUACUGAAAUUGAAACUACUCCAAAUUAUUCCGUAACUGAUAAUCCAAUAAUUGAGAAUGCAAUUCUGACUGAUCCUGCAACUACGAUUACGUUCGCAGUAAAUACUGAAAGUGAAAUUCCUUCUACAAAUGUAAAUAUAAUUCCAGAGACUACUACAAUUGUAACCGAUCAUGUAACUACAGUAACAAAUACUGGAGUCGUAACUAUACCAGUAACUGCUAAUGCGCAGGAAAUUGUAGAUGAUUCUACAAAUAUGACUAGAGUGCAAAUUGCAAAUGCUAAUAUUGGCACUACUUCCUCAAUUACAAAUUAUUUCACAGAUGCAAUUCCAACAACUAUAAGCAUGCACGACGUUGUAACUGAUUCUACCUUAGUUACAGCUGCGAGUGCUACAGCUGAAACAUUUUCCAUAACUAGAAAUUAUUCCACAUUCACUACAGUUAAGAAUGCUACGAUUCCCAUUACUACUUUACCAUUAACAACAGUCAUUCCUUUAACUGUGAACACGCAACAUAUACAUGCAACUACACCCAUGACAACGAAUAAUCUCGCAGAUAUAAAUACUGUAACAACAAAUAUAAUGACUACGCCUCUUAAUGUAAUUAUUCCAACGAUUACUGAUCUUAAUGUAAUUACAUCGCCUAUAAAUACAAACAUUCCUUUCAUUUCUUCAACUAGCGAGAUCUCACCAAUUACGAUUCGGCCUAAAAAUAGUUCUGUGACUUCGCCCAAGGCUCUCAUUACGAAUACAGACAUAACUUCAACAAGUUCAGCUGUUUCUACAAUUUUAACGCCUGAAUCCUCUACAAUACAUCUUGCAAAUUCAAGUAAUUUUAAUAUUAGCAGCAAUUCCGAGAUAUUAGCCGUUACAACAAUUGCAGAGACUACUGAAAUUACUGAAAUUCCUAUAACGUUCGAAAUCCCUUCAACAUUUACUUCGACAGUGACCGCAUAUCCAAAACCUCAUUCUAGUACAAAUUUCGAAGCAUUAUCUGUUGUAACAGCUACAUUGUCAACCCAAGGGGAUGAAAAUUCCUCAACUCCAAUAAUCACUCAAACUCCUUCAACCCCCUUUUCGAUCACAACAUUAAUUACUAACAAAACGACUGUAGCUGUAGAAAAAUCUACAGCUUUUACGACGCCCUUUGCGACUACUGACGAAUUUGCGAUAAACUCCACUAUUCAAACAACUACGGACACUUAUGAAUCAGAUUUUGUACAAACAAUAAGUGAAGAGUCUUUAACGCUGGAACAGAAGACAGAUUUUAAGGAAACUACGUCAAUGAAAACACAAAGUCAAACUGAAGAUCAAACAAUUGCGACCAUUAGCAAAUUGAGUUCUGCCCAAACAAUGAGGAACGAGUUUACAGCUCCAGAAAUAAAGGUGUCAGAAGAAACUAUUUCAAAGAUUACAGAAAACCAAAAACAGAAUCAAACGAUUUUGGAACUCAACACAACCAAUUAUCAAUUUAGUCAAAAAACUGCUAAACGUCGCGUUUUAAAUCGAACAAACAAUUGGCUUGGAAGUCCUACAACACCACAAAGAACUAAUGAAUAUCCUCGACGUCAAGUUACAUUGCACCGUAGACGAUCACAAAGACCUGCUACUCAUAUUUCGUCCUCAAAAGCGAUUGAGAAGAAUCGUGAAAGAAGAAUCAUACAGAAGAGAAUCAGAAUUAAUUCUAAAGCGUUCAAUAAUACUAUUAGAUCCGAUCAGGAUACUGUUGAUGUUCAAAAUAUUACUGAUUAUACUAAUGAUCAGGUAAAAAAUAUGAGAAGGAGAAAAGUUGUACUGAAGAAAAGAGUCAAGGAAGAAAUGAAUACUAUUUUACCCACAGAAGAAACAACAGUAUUUCUUCAGACACCUACCAUUAUUGGGAACGAAACACUUCAAACUUAUUAUGAGAAUGAAAAUAUCAAAGAAAAACAAGAAGUUAUAUUGAAACAAUCUGAAGAAAGUUUGUCAACAACAAAAAACAUCAGUACCAAUUCUAGUUCUGCUAAUGAGAGUUUUCCAGAUAAUAUUCAAAAUAAUCUUUAUGUACCUAAGGAUUUUUCUAAACUAGAAAAUCCGAAAAAUAAACCUAAAUCCGAGGAAAAGAAUCUAAUCGAAGGAGAGAGGGUAGAUUUUGAUUCUAUCAAUACAAAUCUAAGAGACAAUUUUCCGAAAAGUUCUUACUCAGAUAAGAAUCUUUCUGACAAAAGAAUCACAAGAAGAAGGAUGAGAGUUGUAUUGAAGAAUGUCAGAUCUAAAAUUGAAGAGAAGAAUUCCACGAUUGAAGAAAUAAAUGUGAAUCCUGAUUUUGCCAAUAAAAAUUUUCAAAAUAAUUUUUUAAAUAAUCAAAACAUAAGUCAGAAUUUUUCCAAUGAGGAAAAAACAAGAAGAAAAAUGAGAGUUAAAUUAAAGAGAAUUAAAUCUAAAUCUGAAGAAGAGGAGACAAAGACUGAAAAAGCCGGUACAGAAGAUGAUUUUACCAAUGAAAGUCUCCAAGGUACUUUUUCUAAUAAUUUUUACAGCGCUAAGAAUUUUCCCGUUGAAUAUAGGACUAGAAGAAGAAUGAGAGUUGUAUUAAAGAGCGUCAAACCUAAGACCGAAGAAAAGAAUCCAACAGUUGAAGAAAUAACUGUAGAGCCUGACUCUAUCAAUGAAAAUCUUCAAGGCACUUUUUCAAAUAAUUUUCGCAACGCUAAGAAUCUUCCUAUUGAAUAUAGGACUAGAAGAAUGAGAGUUGUAUUAAAGAGCGUCAAACUUAAGUCUGAUCUGGAAAAGAAUUCGACAGUUGAAGGAAUAACUGUAGAUCCUAAUUUUACCAAUGGAAGUCUUAGAGACACCUUUUCAAAUAAUUUUCGGAAAAAUUUUCCUGUCAAACAUGGAACUAGAAGGAGAAUGAGAGUCGCAUUGAAAAGCAUUAAGCCUAGAUCCGAGGAAAAGAAUUCAACAGUUAAAGAAACGAGUGUAAAUUCUGAUUCUAAUUUUUCCGAUAAAGAUUUUCAAGAUAGUUUUUUAAGUAACCUUCAUGAGAAUCUUUUUAAUGGAGAAGACGCACAAAGAAGAAUGGAAGAUGCAUUGAAAAGUGUCAAACCUACAUCCAAGGAAAGAGAUUCAGUAGCUGAAGAAACAAAUGUCGAUUCUAAUUUUGCUAGGAAAGAUUCUCAAGUACUUAACACAUUACACUUUUUAAGUAAUCUUCAUAUGGGCGAUAAUCUUCCCGACAAGAAAAAGAUGAUGAAGCAUUCUAAAUCCGAGGAAAAGGAGGCGAUGAUCAAACAGCCGGAAGACACGGAGUCGCAGACCACGAGGACGUCUGUUCCGGUCGAGAAGGAUACCGAUCGAUUCUCGCUCGAGGUGAUGAACGGUAAAUCGAUUAAUCGCAACUCAGAAAGUGGACAUUCUAAUAGACGUAGGAAACCGACGCCGUUCACAACGAUCGCUCCACUAACCAACACCUUAUCGAAUACCGUUUAUCGAAGACGUAGACCGGUUGAGACCACAAUAUCAUCGAGGAUAGAUUUCGUCGACGCAUUCGAAGGCACCGAGUCCUAUGUUAAGCCGGCUGCCGUCUUGCAUGAUCAGAAUGCAGACGUAUCCGAUCAAAGCAUCCGUGCCCAAGAAUUCGCGGUGACGCUAUCGGACCCGCCGUCCUCGACGUCAGACAUUGGUCAAACACCGUUAAGGGAUGUCGAUAGGCGCAAGAUAAGCACCACCGUGAUACCUAGAACAGAUCCUACGACCAGUAGGACAGUUUCAAGGUAUGAUACGAACUUUCGAAGCCGCCAGAGAUCUCAGACGAAAGACAGGGCUACGGUGAACGCGACUACAAGGCCCAGAAGACCGCCAGUAAUCGACUAUGAUUAUUACGAGGAUGAGGCGCCGAUUGUCAUCGGCAAAUCCGUCCUCAACAGUAAACUCUUCCUCACGAGUAAGGGUACCAUACGUUGCAUGGAUCAGGGCAACUUCCCGCAUCCGUACUCGUGUAAAAAAUUCAUCACUUGCGCUCGUAUGGUGAACGGUCAGGUGAUCGGAACCGAGUACACUUGUCCCGACAAGCUGUCUUUCGAUCCGGUCGGCGGUAUCUGCAAUUGGUCCGCCGGUCUCGGUUGUAAGGACUAAUAGAGGCUUUGCUUCAAUCACUCGACAGUUCAAUAGAAAGAAGUUAUUUUAUAGGCUCGAUUACAUCAAUAUCUCCUAGAAUUCUCUCUCUUUUGUCUCUAUUACAAACUGAAAAAAGAUAGUAAAAGUGUUAAAUUAAGUUUAAUAUUGAUACAAUUAAACCAACCUUAAUUUUAUCUCUUAGAGUUAA